CGUUUAACAGUCACCAUCACGCCAUCAUGCCAUGACCGUUGGGUAAAUACGUAUUUCCUUUAAGUUAACCUACAGUUCCCAUUAUAAAGCCCCAUUCGAAUGCCAGUAUGGGAAGUACGUUAGUUCAUCUGUACUCUUCUAUUUUACUCCAUGGCCUCACUCUAUUCCAUUGAGUCAUAUGUGACUGCUGAUCCAAGAGCACUUGCUGAAGAAUAACCCAUCCCUGAGGCCCUUCAUCACGAUCACAUGUCCCUCUUCACGAGGGUGGUCUGUUUUCUUGCGCUUGGACGCCCAGAUCUUGAAGAUCAUUGGAAGUCCCUCCAAUCAGGGCAAGCAUUCGAAAUCGUUAGAACUAAGUUAUGCUCUAUCCUGGCCAGUACUAUCACCACAGCAGGCGUCCUCCUCACUAUGAGUGGUGUUUUCGUCACUACCGGCUUUCCUGUGCCAUGCUUUGACCAUACAUCACCCGCUCCUCAUUGUCUGCUCUUUAUAUCGCUCAUGCUCGCUAUGAUCGCGCUGUUGACAUCCGGCUCGAGCUUGAUACGCUGGCUAUACACCGAUCGGCGUUGGACUCAAGAGCAACUUAAGCUAGGCGGAUACUUCGUGUUGUCCUACCUGUUGUCGAUAGUCACCCCCCAUGUUCUUCAUCGCCUGGUCCCUACAUUGUUUCAUUUUUGCGAUGUUGAUAGCAGGGUUUUCAUCUCAAAAUAUGAUCUGCCGCGCAGUGACUGCGCUCUGGCUUCUCACAUACGUCGUCAACAUUGGGACGAUAUUGAUGGAAACUAUGUGGAAGUAUGCGACAAGCCUUAA